CAGAAAACAUGAAGCCUGUACUAUUCUUAAUAACGUACUUAUUAUGUCUGAGGGGACAUCAGUGUGCCCCUGCCAUGGAGGGAGACAUAAAUUUUGUGGAAAACCUGAAAGUUUUAUCUGAAGUUGGAGAGAAAUAUGUAGAUGAAGAGGUAAAGAAUGCACUGAUUGGCAUUAAACAGAUGAAAAUUAUGAUGGAAAGAAAUGAAGUCAAGCACACUGAUCUGAUGAAAACUUUAAAAAAGAGCAGUGAAGAAAAAGAGGAAGCUCUAAGACUUAUGAAUGAAGUCAAAGAAAGACUGGAAGACGAAGAGCAAAUAUGCCAGGGGUCUUUGAAGAAUUUAUGGGACGAGUGCCAAUCUUGUCUAGAAAGUAACUGCAUGAGAUUUUAUACCACCUGCCGCCAUGGCUUCUCCACAUUUACAAGUAAGGUUGAAGAUUUUUUCAAGAAAUUGACUCCAUUAUCACUUCCUGUUUAUGAGCUUCAGGCGCAAGAUCUUCAGUUUAAGAAAAAACCCGAAGAAGAUGCCCAGCUAGCACAAAUGGAACACUUGUUCAACCAGCUGUUAUCUGACAUGGGCACAAUCUUUGAAAAAAGCUCUGUUUUUUUCAAACAGAUGCAAAAAGAAUUUGAUCAGUCUUUCCAAAUGUAUUUCAUGUCUGACCCAGACUUGACGGAGCCCUACUUUUUGCCAGCUUUUUCUGAGGUAACUGUAAGAAACCCCGUUCCCCCUAAAGACUGGGAGGCACCAGGCUUCCUCCAACUAGUUUUUGACUUCAGCAAAACUGUCCUGGAAGGUGUUGGUGAAGUGAUUACUGAGGUAUUUGAAGAAUACCGAGAGACUGCAAGAGACAUGGCAGAACAACUUAAAGAUUCUGAUGGAAGUGGAAUGUUUUCUAAGAACAUGGCAGACCAUGAGAGAACUCCGUGCAAUAAGCUGCGUCAAAAUUCAUCGGGAUGCCCUCAAUUUCAUGAGAGAUGCCAAAAAUGUCAGGAUCAUUUUAUGCGAGUUUGCCCUGAUGUUCCUGAACUACAUACAAAGUAUGAUGACGCCUUUAAGCUGGUUAACAUCUCUGGUGAGCAAUACCAACAGAUUCUCCAGAUGGUCAAACGUCACACAGAAGACACAGCCUACCUGUUGAAUAAAAUGAAAGAAAGAUUUGGAUGGGUUUCCGAACUUUCCAACAUGACUAUUGGACCAGAAAACAUUUUCAAUAUAGUAAAGGUGUCAUCAAGUGUCAAAGGAGGUGAAGCUGCCAGCCUAAAUGAAACUGUCGUAGAUGUGAAUAUUUUGACUUCACCUACUUUUACUGUCAAGGUUCCCCAAGAUCUGGACACUGAGAGUUCAGAAUUCAUUGAAUAUGUAGCAGGGAAGGCUUUACAGCUUUACAAAAAGAAUUUCUAG